AUGGUAAACAAAACAACCGAGACCGAAAGGUCCAGUCUUUUACGGACGACUUCUACCACCUCUGACAAUUCAUCAGAGGAUACAGUCCAAGAUAUCAAUAAUCAAAAUCAAAGGGAUUACGGAGCUGCGGAAGAUGGAAAUGAUCCUGAUGAUAAGAUAGAAGUCAAGAAAGUUGGAAAGAAAUUUAAAGAGAUAUGGCCUAUAUUCUUGGGAUUGACUUCAGCGGUAUUCUGUGCAGCAUUGUCGAUGACGAUAGUUGCGAAUUUGACCAUUGAAAUUGGAUCGUACUUUCAUGCUGGAUCACUGGCAUCAUGGCUAGGCACAGGAUUUCUAUUAGGUCUAACAGCCAUGACACCCUUGUAUGGUCGGUUGGCCCAGGUAAUGGGUAGGAAAGGUGUGAUGUUAUUAGCUGUCAAUCUGUUUUUGCUCGGUACGAUCAUGUGUGCUGUGGCGCCGACGAUGGGAUUCAUGAUCGCAGCCAGAGUGAUAGCAGGAGCAGGUAGUGGUGGUAUCCUCACUGUUUCGGCAAUAAUCAUAUCCGACCUCGUGUCAUUAGCCGAUAGAGGUUUAUAUCAAGGUGGAACCAAUCUCCUUUUCGGUGCAGGAUCAGCUUUGGGAGCAGUAUUGGGCGGAGCGAUCUCUGAUAGAUUAGGAUGGAGAGCUGCAUUCUGGCUUCAAGUCCCUCCUGUCAUCUUUGCCUUGUUUUUAAUUGUAUGGAAGGUCAAUGUGGAUAGGGAAAAGGGAGAGGAUGUAGGUGGGGAUACUACUUGGGAGAAAAUCAAGGGGAUAGAUUGGGCGGGAAGUGUGUUGUUGAUGGUUUCGAUCUCAUCCUUCUCCACUUCUUCUUCACUCUGGACCUCAUCGCAUUACCCUCUCUCGCAUCCUCUGCCACUCUCGCUGCUCGUGCUUGCACUCGUGACGUUCCCGUUGUUUAUUUGGGUAGAGAAGAAAGCUGCUCAUCCGAUCUUACCGUUAACGAUGUUAUCAAGACCUCAACCAAGAUUGGUGUUAUUGGGUUUCUUCUUGACCACUUUAUCUAAUUUCUCAAGGCUCUACAUGCAACCUAUUUACCUGCAUGUGACUCGAGGGUUGAAUGGAUCAGAGACUGGUCUACUGUUACUUCCCAGUUCGAUCGUCGGAUCUUUGAGUUCUCUCUACGCAGGAUGGCAUAUGAGGUUUUGGAGGGAAUAUAAAUGGUUCCAAGCUGGAUUUUCGUUUAUUCCUUGGCUUCAAGCUUUAUCAAUCACCUUUUUCUGGGGGCCUUAUACGGAUAAGAACGAGUUGUGGAUCGAGAUGGCUUUGGGCUCUUUAGGUGGAGGAAUCACUAUCACUACUCUGUUGACUUCACUCAUAGCUUGUGUAGAGCCCUCCGAGCUAUCACUGGCAAUCUCAGCAUGUUACCUAGCGCGAGCUCUAGGUCAAGUAUGCGGGCUAUCAAUUUCAGCCUGCAUCCAGCAGACCAUCUUACUUUCAUCUUUAACCUCAAGAAUCCCCGAUGAUUUGGAUUUAGUGAGGAAGAUCAUACAGGAACCAGCAGAGAUAUUACCCGUGUUAAGUGAAGGAUUGAAAUUACAAGCCAAAUUGGCUUAUCUGGAUAGUAUAAGAAGUGUUUUCGCGUUUGUGGUUUGUGGGGGAGUGGGGUUAUCGAUUGUCUGUUUGAGUGUGAGGGGUAAGAAGUUAUAA